CUAUGCGAGAAGGGUAAAAAAUGAAGGUAAGACGAGGUGCGGGAAAAUGUACAAGUUCCUGCGUACGACCUCCGUCGCCAUCCGUCGCCAUGAGCGGAAGCGAGACGGAUUCAACCAGAUUUUGUGAAACAGUAUCAAGUCCGCAGCACCAUAUUCUUCGCUAGGCGAUCUUCUUCUCAGCCUCCCACUUGUCGAACUCCAGGCCUGGCCGAUUCGAUCUUUAUCGCCGUUUCUCACCACUUGCGUUCCCCUAUAUCUUCGACCUCUCCGCUGCUCAAAUCCCAAUCACGCAAAUUCCCCGUUUGAAGGCUGAAAGUUAAGUGCAGCUUCCCUACGGUAUUUAUCGAGUACAAAAUGUCCAACUUGGCAGAAGCUGAUGCUAAUGAGCAGCUACAAUCUGACCAAAAUGAAAAGCUUGAAGAACUAAGUGAUGAACCCGAAACUGUUGGCCAUAAUGAGCAAAUUUCCAUGCCUUCAUCUCAAGACGAGGAAGCGGUUAUCAAGAAAAAAUAUGGAGGAAUUGUGCCCAAAAAGCCUCCACUCAUUUCGAAGGAUCAUGAGCGUGCUUUUUUCGAUUCUGCUGACUGGGCUCUAGGCAAGCAAGGAGUAAAGCCAAAAGGUCCUCUUGAGGCGCUCAGGCCAAAAUUGCAGCCCACACAUCACCAGCAAGCUCGUUCAAGGAGGCCAGCUUAUGCAUCUGCUGAUGGUGAUGGUGAAGGUGAAGAAGGAGGAAAUGCUGGUUCAGACGAUGCAAACAACCUAUAGUUGAAGCUCCAUUGUUACUGCUUAGAAUGAGCUACUCGUUUUUUGGUGGCUCUAGGGGAUUAUCCACUUAUGGGGAUGCAUUGCGGUGUUUCUGUGGCUUCCAUGAAUAAAUUCUGAAGCUAUAAUAUCUGUUUUUGUAUUUGGUGUUGGAAAGAAAUGGCUGCAGCAUGCAGUGGCUAUGACUUUUUACUCCCACAAGUCACCAACAUGCCAUUUAUAUACUCUGAUUGAAAACAAUGUAUUGCUUUGAGGAACGGUUGGUACACAAUUUUUGCCA